AUGAUUUCGGUAAGCAGGUCAGGCUGCAGGUACGAUCAGGGUAGCUCGCCGCCCGAUCAGAACCAGACCCGAGGGUACGGCGCGAGGGUCGCGUGGUCUGAUGAGCUAUCAGACCACGGGAUAGCAGUAGCAACAGUAGGAAGUAGGAGAAGACAAGGAGUGGACCAUGUAGGAGGCAUGGUAUACCUUACAGUAACCUUGACACUACGUUACAUUUACAAACUAAACCACGCUCUCUUCCAUAUGAUUUUGGAGUGUUUUGGAAACACUGCCAGAAGGGACAAUGAUAACUUGGAAAAGUUACUGAUCACUGGUAAGGUGGAAGGAAAGAGACCUAGAGGCAGAAGUCCGAUACGCUGGACGGAUCAGAUUCGCACCACUCUCAACACUACAGUCCACGAUGCUCUCCACUCGGCGGCAGAUAGAAAUAGAUGGCGGAAAGUAAUACGUAGUACACUGCCCACGAGGCAGCGAGAUUCUUUUGCGCACUGUCCGCAGACCCAUGCUUACUGUGGCCAGAGAUCGUCCCGCGUAUCCCUUAGCUCGGAGUAUUUGCAGCAGCGUCUGGAGCACAAGGAGGAUUCCGCCUCAGAAGAAGGAAGAACUUCCAAUCCGCAGUCUUCAGCCCCCUUACAACCCACAACAGCUCAAGAACUUGUAACUCUUUCGCGAGUUAUGAAUGUCCAUAAGCGGCGCUAA